UCAAAACUGUUGGGUUUAUCCUUUCGGUCAUUGAUUGUGUUCAUCUGAUCAUUUGAGGAAGAAGUAGAGAGCUAGCUACACAGGAAACAUGGCUUUGGCCUUGGUAGCUGAGUCCGCGGCAUCGGUCGUAAUCGAGAAGCUGAUCAGCACAGCCGUAUCCUACGUCGGGACGUGCGGUGCCGGGCCGAGCACCAUGCAGGACGAGAUCCAGAGGCUUCAGCAGGCUUUUCUGCGGAUUCGAACGAUCUUGGCUUUCGUCGAGGGGGGGCAGACCGUCACUACGAAGCAAAACGACGUACUGGACGCCUGGCUGUGGCAGCUCAGAGACGCUGUCGAUCAGGCGGAGGACGUGCUCGAUGAGAUGGAGUACUACGAGCUGGAGAAGGCAGUGCAAGCUGGAGAUAACAAGGUACAACAAGGUACUGCACUCAACUUAAAAAGGAAGUUUGCUGAUUUUGCUAACAAUAUCUUCGGAAACGACGACACCGUGACGAGGUUGAGGGAGGCCGUGAAGGCGUUAGAUAAUGUUGCUGCUACUAGUGAAACUUUACUCCAGCUUGUUUCGCAGCUAUAUAAUUCGGAUGUUAAGCGUCAACAGGAAGAUGAGAUACGAAAUGCUCGUGAGACUAGCUCCUUUUUAACUGAGGAUACGAUUUGUGGCCGAGACACGGAGAAGGAAAGGAUAGUUGAAUGGUUAACAAAACCGACAAGCGAUGAGCCGGAGAAUGCUUCUGCAACUGUCGAAAAGGUCUCGGCUUUUACGAUCGUUGGCAUGGGUGGGUUGGGAAAAACUACUCUCGCGCAGCUCAUCUACCACGAUGAAAAAGUGCGGCAGUGCUUUGACUUGGUUUUGUGGGUGUGUGUUUCCGAUCAAUUUGAUGUGGCUAUGCUGACAAGAAAGACCUUAGAAGCGGCAGGGGUUUGGGAUAGCCUCGGAGACAAGAGACUUAAUACAAUUCAAGAGAUUCUUAAAGAGAAGCUGAUCUCCAAGAAGUUUCUUCUCGUGCUGGAUGAUGUUUGGAAUGAUGAUAAAAUACUUGAAUGGGAUAAAUUCAUGGCUCCUUUAAAAUUCGGAAAGAAAGGAAGCAAGAUUCUCUUGACAACGCGAAUGAAUUCAGUGGUGAAUACAGUAGCCAAAGUUCUACAAGGUAAAAAAGAAUCUUUAAAAUUGAGUGGGUUAAAAGAAGAUGAUUUUAUACUACUUUUCAAUAAGCAUGCCUUUGCCGGAGAGAACAUUGACAAUCAUAGAAACUUACAGUUGAUUGGUCAACAAAUAGCAAAGAAGCUUGGGGGAUGCCCGUUGGCAGCAAAAAUUUUGGGCGGAUGUCUGAACUCUUGGAUGGAUGAAAAAUAUUGGAGAAGAAUUUUGAAUGAAAAUUUUCUAAAUUUGCGAGAAAGUGAGGACAACAUUAGGAUGAUUCUGAGAUUGACCUAUCAUCAUCUGCCGACAAGCUUGCAAAUUUGCUUUAGAUACUGCAGUAUAUUUCCUAAGGAUUCUUUGUUUGAAAAGAAUGAGCUUAUCCAUGUGUGGAUAGGUUCUGGGUUAAUCAAGAAACAAGUAUAUGAAAAGCGAAGCUUAGAGGAUAUCGGAGAGGAGUAUUUAAACCAUCUAGCAAGAAAAUCCCUUUUUGAUAUCAAAAUAAGCGACUAUGGUUCUGACCGUAAACAACAUUAUGUCAUGCAUGAUCUGUUGCAUGAUCUAGCUCAAUUUGUCUCUUCAGGGGAAUGUAUGGGAGUUGAAGGUGACGGUUCCAGACAAAUUCCAAAAACAAUACGCCACUUAUUUCUCAACAGGGUAAACAGUCGUAUGAUCUCCAAUCUCAAGAACUUACGCACCCUUAUUAUUAUUCAUUCAGACAAGGACUAUGAUGCAGUAGCUUUUAAUGAGGUUCUAAAAGAGUUAAAAAGCUUACGCUUACUACAAGUGAGUAUAGUUGACUAUAAGUUUCCCGAUGAAGUUGGUAAACUCAUUCACCUCCGCUACCUCUCCCUCUGGACUUUCACACAAAAGGAGGUAUCUAUUGUACCUCAAUCUGUGUUAGACUCUAUCACCGACUUUCGGGGAACUGAAAUAGAUGAUUCGACACUGGAUGGAAUGAGCAAUCUAGUUCAAUUGAGGCUGCUAAAUAUUCCUGCUUUUGUAACAGCCAAGAUUCCUUGGAUCGGCAAAGUAACAUUACUUCAGAACUUAAAUUAUUUCCAUGUCCGUGAGGAGCGCGGCUAUAAUAUAGAUCAAUUAAAAGACCUGCAAAACCUCCGAAAAUUAUGCAUUAGGGGCCUGGAAAAUGUAAGGAGUUCCGAAGAGGCUGCGGAUGCCAACUUGAUUGAGAAAAAAAAUCUUGAUGAAUUGUCACUCGAUUGGUCUAGGAAUCGCUCUGGUGGUCUCGAGGUAGAUCAGCCGCUUCUUGAUAAUUUAAAACCACAUACCAAUCUCAAGACACUUGCAAUCGCAGGAUACGCCGGAGUUAGAUCUCCACAUUGGAUGACGGCGACAUCUCUUUCCAAUGUAACAGAUAUCAAUCUAUACGACUGUAGCAGAUGGGAGAACCUCCCACCUUUUGGGCAACUUCCUUUGCUCAGGCUUCUUAAUUUACAAAGCAUGCGGGCUGUGAAGAAACUAUGGUGCUCAAGAAGUGGUGGUGGUUGCGCCUUUCCAUCACUACAGGAGCUACAAUUGUUUGACAUGCCAGACUUGGAGUUGUUCGAAGGUGAGCACAUGUUUCCUCUGCUUAAUAAAUUGCUUAUACAUUCUUGUCCUAGCUUGAAGGGUUUACCUGCUUUGCCUCUUACUCUAAAUCAACUGGAGAUUAAGGAGGCCGGAUUGACUUCUCUUCCGAUGAUGCAACAAGAUUGCAGUAGCGGCCAAGGACGAGCAUCAUGCUCAUCAUCGCAUCCGGCACUUUCUGAACUAAGAAUUUGUGAGUGCCCCAACCUCACAUCUCUAGAUGGAUUCAUGUUGCAGCAACAAUAUUUUCCAGCCUUGAAGAGUUUAUCCAUUGAAAGAUGUGAAAAUCUAAGGCAUUUGCCGGAAAAAUUCUUCCAAAAACUUCCCUCCCUCGAGCGUUUGACUAUAGAAAUGUGUCCCAAUCGCACGACGCACGGGAUUCUAGACGAUCGAUUGCCCGAGACGCUUGAAAAGCCCACUCUUGUAUCAAACGGCGAUCUCUAUCUGUCGCUACUCGAGUCAUUGCCAAUACUGGCCGCUAUACGCUACUUGUCCAUUGUUGGUUGUGCAAGCAUGACGUCCUUUCCUCUGGCGGAAGUUUUUCCAAGGUUGUCGCAACUCUGCAUCCGGAAUUGUAAGGAACUGUCGUCAGUGGAUGGGCUACAAGCUCUCCCCUCGCUUGAAUCCUUGCAGAUUGGAGGGUGCGACGCGCUCGUCGAGCUUUCACUGUUGCAACCACCAUUAGGCGUCGCUAGUACCAGCCACACAGAUAUGGUGCUGCGCCCUUCAAUGGAUCUUUAUAUCGACCGGCCAGCUCUGUUGCGUCUCGAACCACUGAGAAGCCUCAGCUUUGUUAGCUCACUCAGCAUACAUGAUGGCACCGAACUCACAUCCCUCGACGAGCAAUGGCUGUUGCAAAACCGAAACUCCCUUAAAAGCUUGGAAAUUUUUGAGGCCUCGUCUCUUGUAUCCUUACCAACCAGUAUGAUUGAUCUUCAAGCCCUGCGUCAUUUGACUAUAGAUGAUGCUCCUUUGCUUGAGACGAUUCCAGAGCUGCCCGCCUCAAUGAAUUCUCUAACAAUUACCGGCUGUCGCCCCGAGUUGAAGGAGUACAUAGAAGGCUCCCAAAAAUUCGCCAAUAUUCGUUGGGUGCAGGUUACUGAAAAAUCUCCUUACUAAGAAAAAGAUCGGGCUUGCGCUUAUCUUGCCUUCAAAUUAGGAGCUCUAUCAAAUUUAUAAUCAAGCAGAGCUGAUUGCAGAACAGAAAAUAUGAAAGCAUCGGUGAAUUUCUGUUUCGGCAAGUUCACCUUUUAGGUAGUAAUUGCUUGAUGAAGUUCAAAGUAGUUCAUUGUUACGUUUUAUAUAUUUAUUUUCUCUUCAGUUUCUUUACUAUGAUAUUCUGAUACUAUGUUUGAUAACAGAUUUAUCAGCUUGCUUUCUUCUGCAGUUGGCUUCAGUGGACAAAGUAUGAGGGAGCUCUUUCUGUACCAAUUCGAUCUAUUUCUACCUUUUUUUUGUUCGCACCUGUUGUUGCUAGUAUAAUAGCUGUACUACUAAAAUAUUAAAAAAAUAAUGUAGUGGAAGUGAUUUGCAAGUUGUAAUACUAAACAGAAAAACCGAAAGAUCUCCAAACGAAGUUGUGCUGUAUUGUUAAUUUAGACAUUUUGAUUU